UCCGGGUCGUUGUUUAGCCAAGACGAGGAAGAAGAGAGUGAGUUUCGCCGAUUUGAGGAGAGGAGGAGAAGAAGAGCGGCGGCGGUAGAGAGGUAAGAGGGGAGAAGACGGCGAUUGAAGGCUAGGGUUUUGGUUUGGAGGAGAGGCGAGAGAGGUUGAGAAGGCAGAGAGAGGAUGAUGGCGGCGGCGGUGUUAGAUGAUGGCUAGGGUAUCGUUCUU